GUACGAGGAGGAACUUUGUCGUUCAAAAGAGGAGAACGAGCGACAACGGGAGCUACUGGACGCUGUUUACAACCCUCAGCUUCGGCUACACAGAGCAGCUUUGCCUCCAGAUGACAAAAGCCAGAUUGUUAUUAAAGAGGAGCAGCAGGAGUGUAGCUCCAGUGUGGACCAGCAGGAGCCAGAGCCCCCCCCACACAUUAAAGAGGAACAGGAGGAACUGUGGAGCAGUCAGGAGGGAGAGCAGCUUCAAGGGCUGGAGGAGGCUGAUAUCACCAAGUUCCCAUUCACUCCUGUCCCUGUGAAGAGUGAAGAUGAUGAAGAGGAAGGGCUUGACCAGAGACGGACUGAACACAUGGAAACAGAAGCUGAUGGAGAGGAAGCAGCCAGGAACUCCCAGCCACAUCCACUGUUGCCCCCAGAGACCGGAGACAGCGUGGAUAGUGACUUCUGGAAGGAGAGCAGAGAACGUCUGUCAGCUGUGAGCUCUCUGGAAGAUGAUGGUUGGAACACUGACAGGACACCGUUCAGCUGCUGCGAGUGUGGGAAAAGAUUUGGCAAGUUUUGGAAUCUGAAGAGACACGUGAGAAGAAUCCACUCUGGAGAAAACUCCUCCGUGUCCCAGCCGGGAGAAAGAACAGCGAUUAAAGAAGACGAGCCGGAGCCCCCCCCACACAUUAAAGAGGAAGAGGAGGAACUGUUCCCAUUCACCGCUGUCCCCGUGAAGAGUAGAGAUGAUGAAGAGAAAGGGCUUCCUCAGAGACAAACUGAACACACGGAAACAGAGACUGAAGACAGCGUUGACAGUGACUUCUGGAAGGAGACCAGAGAGCCUCAGUCAAGUUCAAACUCUCUGAAACACGAGCAAGUUCCCGUCAGUGAAGAGAGGCGUAAAACGGACAAGAAGUCUUUAUUCUGCUCCGAGUGUGGGAAGAGAUUCGGCGCCGUCGGAGAUCUGAACCGACACGUGAGAACCCACACGGGAGAGAAACCGUUCAGCUGCUCCGUCUGCUGCAGGAGGUUUCUGACCAGCACACAUCUGAAGACGCACAUGCGGACUCACACAGGAGAGAAACCCUACAGCUGCGCGUUCUGCGAUAAAAGAUUCGGACACUCGGGGAAUCUGACGGAGCACAUGAACAUGCACACGGGAGAGAAACGUUUCAGCUGCAGCCUCUGUGACAAGACAUUCACCUGGCGGCAGCAGGUCAAAAAACACAAAUGUGUUCAGUCGUCACAGCUUCAUCGGAGACCGAGUGAAGACAAGACGGCAGACUGUUAA